AUGAAUUUGCUGAAGAGCUUUCAGAGGUACAUUGAUGCUAUUACACGCUCCGCGAGUGGGCCCACUGUGAUGCUUGUGGAUUCCACGACAAUCAAAUAUUUGAGUUUGAUCGUGCCCCUCUCCUAUCUGCUCACCAAGGAGAUCUACCUGGUCGACCUUAUUGAAAAUGUGGAGCUGCGUUCCAGCUUGAGGUGUUUAAAUUGCAUUGUGUUUGUCAGACCUACACCGCCAAUCAUUUCUGCACUUGCUGCCGAACUUGCCGCGCCAAAAUACGCCUCUUACUCCAUAUGUGCCGCUCGCUAUGACUAA